AACAAAAGCUGUCAAAAGCAGUUUAGCUUGAUAAAUCUAGUGUGUUAUCAUUCUCUAGUGAGUGUGUGAUAAAAAAAGUGUAAACAAAGCAAAAUAAUUUACAAAAAAUUAGAAAAUCCUUUCUGUAAUAAUACAUAAAUGGUGGGUGAUCGCAGCAUACAAGUCCUUAACAUAUCUAAUGUUAAUGCUCAGGGCAAGACCGUGCUCAACGAUGGCAAACUCUUGGACUUGAUACAAAAGUAUCCUUUUCUCUAUAAUCCACGAGUUAGGGCCUACAACGAUAAUGACUAUUCGUUAUGGGCUUGGAAAAAUAUUAAUGCGGCCUUUAAUCGUUCCUAUGCCAAUGAUCCGAAUGCGGCAUUUUCCACCGGAGAUCUCAUGCAGAGAUGGGAAGUUUUGAAACCACUUAUACAAUGUCUUAGCAAAGCCUAUGAUCUGGAAGCCAUACCAAAAUCACUUAGAAACUCAGUGGUAAAAAUCAGUACUGAAUUAGAUGAUCAAAGUUGUAGUACCACACCCAGGCCCAGUAGUAUGCCACAAAAUUUGCUACUACAAAAUAUUUGUGGCAUAUCCAAACUAAACAUGGACAAAAGAUUAGCUUUAGAAAGAGAUAUUUUAGAUUUAAUACUCAGCGCUGAAUUGGAGGGUAAACAAGCAACAAAAUUAGAUGCAGCAUCUUGGAGCGAAGUAUAUGAAGAAGCUGAUGAUUUUCUAAAUGAUAUUGGUUUUAAACAGGUACUACUUACCUCCGUUAAUCAUCAGGAAAAAAUAUUCUAUCCAAAUAAUGUCAAUCAACACAGUAUAAGAGAUUAUGCCAAGUCAAGGAAAUCUCGUGGUUGGGUACCACUAAAAGAUGUCCAUAAAUUUAUUAAACCCUGUCAUGUUAGACUUGAACGUAUAAAUGUUGAGGAUUAUUUACCUCUGGCAAAGAUGAUAAAACUUGAAAAGCAUAAAAGUAAGAAUGUCAAAAAGGAAAUAUCGAAUAUGGAAUCAUUGGAAAUUUUCGGAAUUUAGAUUUUUGAUAAUAUUGGUAUCAUAUUAGACUUAAGUUUAUAAAUAGAAUAAAGAGAUUUAUAAAUAAA